AUGUCUGCUCCUUCGGCCUACCAAAAUCCCAACGACCUGACUUUCUUCUGCUCCUCGUCCGAUUGCACCUGGGGGCUGGGCGACCGCUGCUUUCUCAUUACAAAAACCGAUGACGAUACUUCCGAUCAUCACCACCAGGACGAGUCAUUGCAUGCACUACCCACCAUGACCGUCUCCAGCACUCAUACCAUCGUCGACGUGCUGUGGCAGGACGGCACACGGCAGCAUAGGGCACCGUCGAUCUCACUCAACCCCUCCGAGUGCACGAAUGAGCACGAGUUUUUUCCUGGGCAGUACGUGGUUGACAACGCCCCUGUCGAUGUCACAUUUGCUGUAGUUGGAGAUGACGACGUCGUGAGUGCCACAGACGAUGCAUCGACGCGGCGCGUCGGGGUCGUGAGGAGCCUGAAUUCCAAUGAUCACACGGUGCAGGUGUCGUGGAUCAAGGCUAACAAUGAGGCCGGCAACCUAAGCUUGGAGGUCGAGUGCGAUAGCACUACUGCAAGUGCAUAUGAUCUGAGCAGGGAUCCUGAUCACUCCGUUUUCUAUGGGGACAUCGUCGUUCGUCUGCUAUCAAGCGUCGCUGGAAGUAGACCAGCAGUGGUAGUGCAGCAACCACAGGCCCCCGCCGAUCUUUCAUGGGUUGGACAAGUUGUUAACCUCUGUGUCGACGGCCACGUCCAAGUCAAGUGGGGUGAUGGCACCACGUCAAUGGUAUUACCCCAUGAGAUCAGUGUUGUCAACAAGGAUAACUACACUCAACUGCAGGCUGAGAUGGACAACUGGGCGGAGGAGGACGCCAUCGUCGAUGAUCCUCAAGAAUUGGGUGCUGCCAACGUGCACAAUGAUCCAACAGAUACUACAAGUGUCGAAGGCGAUGACGGUUCUGUGGAUGAACUAGAUGGCCAUGCAGCCGUGAUCAUGCAGAAUUUGGCGCAGGCAUCUGCGGGUAGCCACGAAGACCCUAGCGUUGGUGGCGCUGCGACAGAGUACAACAUUGCUGAUCUCGCAGCAAGAAGUGAUGCCAGUGUCGAUGCUAGUAACAGCGACACUGUGGAGGAUGUGGUGAAGGUCACAGAUGCCACUGGUGAUGACGAUCAUCGUCCAUUUAACUUGCCACAUUUCGAUGUAGUGCAGAGCCCUCCGGACGAUCACCAUUACCUUGACACCACGGACCAGGUAGGUGCACUAAGAGAAGUCAUCCGCCUUAAUUUUGCGCCUUUUAGCUUUGAUGUAGUAGUGCUCUUUCUUUUGUCAAAUGAACUGCAGGGCAGCACCGGCAAAAAGAGAUGGGUCAAGACGGUGCAAAAAGAGUGGAAAAUAUUGGAGAAUAGCUUACCAGAUGGUAUCUACGUUCGGGCAUUCGAGGGACGCAUGGACCUACUCCGGGUGGUAAUGGUGGGUGCGAGCGGGACACCGUACCAGGACGGGCUCUUCUUCUUCGACAUGCAGCUGCCGCCGUCCUACCCGACCGUGCCGCCGCAGGUCUACUACCACUCGUUCGGCCUACACCUCAAUCCAAACCUCUAUCCCAGCGGUACGGUGUGCCUCAGCCUGCUCAACACCUUCGACGGAGAGGGCACGGAGGUCUGGUCGCCGGGGACGUCAAGCCUGCUCCAGGUCGUCGUCUCCCUUCAAGCGCUUGUCCUCAACGACCAACCCUACUAUAACGAGGCCAGCCUUGAGGCGCUCAUCGAUACGCCGGAGGGCCACCGCAACGCGUUGCCCUACUGCGAGAACGCCUUCCUGCUCAGCUCGCGGACCAUGCUACACCUGGUGCGCCGACCGCCCCAGGGGUUCGAGGGGUUCGUGAAGGACCACUUCCGCCGGCGGGGGAGGUACGUGCUCAGGAUGUGUGAGGCAUACCUGAAAGGAUGUGUGCCUGUUGAAGAGGGGGGCAUGGAACUACCCUGCUCGGCCGGCUUCAACAUCGCGCUUGCCAACGUGGUGCCAAGGCUCAUGGCUGCCUUCACAAAGGUUGGCGACGAAGGGUCUGACCUCUCCAGCACAACCACCCAAUAG